GCAGCUGGCGAUAUUUGUGUCUUUCACCUCAUCCCAAGCUUGCACUGCUAUUCUAAUUCUUGUGAGGAUGUUGAUCCUUUCAGGUCUUUCGAUACCAUUCUCAAGGUUGCUCAGAAGCUGUUCAGAGAAAAUGAAGCCUGUAUCUCACCUUAAAUGACCUGACGAUACCAGCAUCCAUGGGCUGAAUCUUGGAAGUCAUGUUGGGCGGCUAGCAAACUUUUGUGUUCGAUAGUUGUGGGAGAUUAGCCUGUUUUCCAUAUGCACUGCAGUUGUCCAAUACCCAAUACUCUGCGGUUCCCUCUGCCAUCAGUAGCAUCACACUACGCUGCGCAUUUGCUCCGAAGGGAUUUGUCAAUUGAGGUAACAAUUCUAACUUACAUUGCUUUUCUGAUCUGCUGGCUAUAGUUGAUGGUGGUCACCGCGCUGUCUUCCGAAUCGAUUGUCGCCCAUUUUAACGCUUCUCAGCCCAUCACUCAACGUGGCCGUGUCUCUCGUUUGGUUCGUGAGAAUUUGAUCAAGCGCGCAGCUCGCUUCAACAUUGUCCUCGAUGAUAUCUCUAUCGUCCAUAUAGCCUUCUCGCCAGAGUUUACUCAGGCUGUCGAGGCCAAGCAGAUUGCCCAACAAGAGGCUCAACGUGCUGCUUUCGUUGUCGACCGCACCAUUCAGGAGGAGUAGUCGAUCAUUGUCAAGGCUGAGGGAGAGGCCCGUUCUGCCGAACUUAUCGGUGAAGGUACGAAUCAGG